GCGUCUCGUCUCGUCUGCAACUGCGCCCCCUGUGACCCUUUCCGCUCCAGAUGGAAAACACAUGGGGCUAAUAAUAUAACUUGACGCUCUUCCUGUCUCCAACUCUGCAUCUUGCACAUUCACAAUCCCAUAAACCACAUCUGUCAUAAUGUCUGCUCCAUACGAUCCCAACAACCAAGGCUACUACCCUCCUCAGCAGGGUCAGUAUUACCCUCCUCCCGGCCAGGGCUACCCUCCCCCACAGCCUAUGCAGUACCAGCAGGCCCCUCCACCACAAGAAGAGAAGAGCCACGGCUGUCUAUACACAUGUAUCGCUACACUCUGCUGCUGCUGGCUCUGCGGCGAGACCUGCGAGUGUUGUCUUGAGUGCUUCGACUGCUGCUGUUAAACCCAAUAACAUAGCUUAAUUCACGGAUUCUAGCGUUGCAUUUGUUCGAAGCUCGGGGAAAAAGAAACGCAUUCUCUUUUUUUUUCUUUUGUCAAACUUUUUUAUCUAGCUACCAUUAUCAUACGACAGAUGAAAGUCUUGUCAGCUACCAAAUACCACCACAUGCAAUGAUAA